AGGCGAAUCUCUGCGAUGCGGGGGAGGAGGUGGGGAGGCUGCGGGAGGCGGGUCAGCAGCGUCCUUCCCUCUCCCCACGCCGGGCGCACGACUUAAGACCGGGCGCUGCGGGCACCUGGGGACCGCGCAGAGCCGGGACGCAAACCCAGAGGCGCGCGAGGGCAUCGGAGCCCACGGCCGGCACGCGGAGCCCGUCCUCCCGGACCAUGGACGUGUACCGCACCCCCGCCGCGGCGCUGGACAGCCUGGUGGCCCGCAGCCUGCAGCCCCCCGCGGAGUUCGUGGGGGCCGCGCGGCGCGCCCUGGGCGCCCUGGGCGCCGCCCUGAGAGAGCGCGGGGGCCGCGCCGGCGGGGCUGCCCAGCCCUGGAGGGUGCUGAAGAUCGUCAAGGGAGGCUCCUCAGGCCGGGGCACGGCUCUGAGGGGUGGCUGUGAUUCUGAACUUGUCAUCUUCCUCGACUGCUUCAAGAGCUAUGAGGACCAGGGCGCUCAGCGUUCAGAGAUCCUCAAGGAGAUGCGGGCACUGCUGGAAUCCAGGUGGCAGGACCCGGUGCCCGGUCUGAGCCUUGAGUUUCCUAAGCAAAACAUGCCCGGGAUCCUCCAGUUCCGACUGGCAUCCACAGACCUCGAAAACUGGAUGGACGUUAGUGUGGUGCCUGCCUUUGAUGCCCUCGGACAGCUCAGCUCCAAUGUCAAACCCAGGCCCCAGGUCUACUCCACCCUCCUCGACAGCGGCUGUCACGGGGGCGAGCACGCGGCCUGCUUUGCAGAGCUGCGGAGGAACUUCGUGAACACUCGCCCGGCCAAGCUGAAAAACCUCAUCCUGCUGGUGAAGCACUGGUACCGCCAGGUGUGCCCACAGGAGGUGAGGAGGGAGACGCUGCCCCCCGCCUACGCUCUGGAGCUGCUGACUAUCUUUGCCUGGGAGCAGGGCUGCGGGAAGGAGGCCUUCAGCCUGGCCCAAGGCCUCCGGACCGUCCUGGGCCUGAUCCAACAGCAUCAGCACCUGUGCGUUUUCUGGACCCUCAACUACGGCUUCGAGGACCCGGCGGUCAGGCAGUUCUUGCGGCGCCAGCUUGAGAGACCCAGGCCUGUGAUCCUGGACCCCGCUGACCCCACGUGGGAUGUGGGAAACGGGGCAGCCUGGCACUGGCAUAGGCUGGCCCGAGAAGCAGAGUCGAGCUACGCCCACCCGUGCUUUCUGCAGGCGGCAGGGGGCCCUGUGCAGCCCUGGGAGGGGCCAGGCUUCCCACGUGCCGGAUGCCCGGGUUUGGACCACUCCAUCCAGCGAGACCCUGCCCAGAGGACCCCUGCGGACAGCGGGAGUCUCAGUGGUGUGCACCCGAGGAUAGGGAGCGGGCAGCCCUCAUGCCCCGCUCCUGGUCCCUCGAAAGUGGUCGGCAUCGCCCCCGCUACCCCGGAGAUGGUCUCAGAUCUGUCUCAGAUCCCUGCCCCCGAGCUGGACCGCUUCAUCCAGGACCACCUGAUGCCAAGCUCCCAGUUCCAGAGGCAGGUGAGCAAGGCCAUCGAUGUCAUCUUGCGCUGCCUCCGUGAGCGCUGUGUCCACAAGGCCUCAAGAGUCAGCAAGGGGGGCUCGUUCGGCCGGGGCACAGACCUAAGGGGCGGCUGCGAUGCCGAACUGGUCAUCUUCCUCAACUGCUUCAAGGACUACAGGGACCAGGGGGCCCGCCGUGCGCAGAUCCUUGAUGAGAUACGGGCACAGCUGGAAUCCUGGUGGCAGGACCCGGUCCCGGGCCUGAGCCUCAAGUUUCCUGAGCAGAGCGUGCCUGAGGCCUUGCGGUUCCAACUGGCGUCCACGGCCCUGGAAAGCUGGAUGGAUGUUAGCCUGCUGCCCGCCUUUGAUGCCGUGGGGCAGCUCAGCUCUGGCGCCAAACCCGAGCCCCGCGUCUACUCGACCCUCCUCGACAGCGGCUGUCAGGGGGGCGAGCACGCGGCCUGCUUCGCAGAGCUGCGGAGGAACUUCGUGAACACUCGCCCAGCCAAGCUGAAGAACCUCAUCCUGCUGGUGAAGCACUGGUACCGCCAGGUUGCAGCUCGUAAGACAGGAGGGCGGCCAGCCUGUGCCUCUCUGCCCCCAGCCUACGCCCUGGAGCUCCUGACCAUCUUUGCCUGGGAGCAGGGCUGCGGGAAGGACCGUUUCAACACAGCCCAAGGCCUGAGGACCGUCCUGGGGCUCGUGCAGCAGCACCAGCAUCUUCUUGUCUACUGGACGGUCAACUACAGCUUUGAGGACCCAGCUCUCAGAAAACACCUUCACGGCCAGCUUCGGAACCCCAGACCCCUGAUCCUGGACCCUGCAGACCCCACCUGGAAUGUGGGCCAGGGCAGCUGGGAGCUGCUGGCCCAGGAAGCGGCAGUGCUGGCGACGCAGGCCUGCUUUAUGAGUAGAGAAGGGACGCUGGUGCAGCCCUGGGAUGUGAUGCCCGCUCUCCUUCACCAAACCCCAGCCGAGGACCUGGACAAGUUCAUCAGUGAGUUUCUCCAGCCCGACUGCGACUUCCUGGCUCAGGUGAAGAAGGCUGUUGAUACCAUCUGCUCGUUCCUGAGGGAAAACUGCUUCCGGGAUUCUCCCAUCAAAGUGCUCAAGGUGGUCAAGGGCGGCUCUUCAGCCAAAGGCACAGCUCUGCGAGGCCGCUCAGACGCCGAUCUGGUGGUGUUCCUCAACUGCUUCUGCCAGUUCGCCGAACAAGGGAACAGGCGGGCCGAGAUCAUCUCAGAGAUCCGAGCCCAGCUGGAGGCUUGUCAGCAGGAGCGGCAGUUUGAAGUGAAGUUUGAGAUCUCCAAGUGGGAGAAUCCCCGCGUCUUGAGCUUCACCCUGACAUCCCAGACGAUGCUGGAUCAGAGUGUGGACUUUGACGUGCUGCCAGCCUUUGACGCCCUAGGCCAGCUGGGCGCCGGCUCCAGGCCCGGCUCUCAGGUCUACGUGGACCUCAUCCACAGCUACAGCAACGCGGGCGAGUACUCCCCCUGCUUCACGGAGCUGCAGCGCGACUUCAUCAUCUCGCGACCCACCAAGCUCAAGAGCCUGAUCCGGCUGGUGAAGCACUGGUACCGGCAGUGCAACAAGAUGCCCACGGGGAAGGGCUCCCUGCCCCCCCAGCACGGGCUGGAACUCCUCACGGUCUACGCCUGGGAGCAGGGCGGGCAGGGCCCUCAGUUCAGCAUGGCCGAGGGCUUCCGCACCGUUCUGGAGCUGGUCACCCAGUACUCCCAGCUCUGUGUCUACUGGACCGUCAACUACGGCAGUGAGAACAAGACCAUCAGGGACUUUCUGGAACUGCAGCUUCGGAAGCCCAGGCCCAUCAUCCUGGAUCCAGCUGACCCGACAGGCAACCUGGGCCACAAUGCCCGCUGGGACCUGCUGGCCAAGGAAGCUGCUGCCUGCAUGUCUGCCGUGUGCUGCAUGGGCAGGGAUGGCACCCCCAUCCGGCCGUGGCCAGUGAAGGCUGCCGUGUGAAGCCCAGAAAAUCAGUGGUCAUACUGGAUGGACAGAUGGACACCAGCCCUUGGCAUGGGGAGACUCAGGGUCACCUGCCAGAUGUGUGCGUGUGUGUGUGAGCGAGAGAGAGAGAGCAAUUGAUUCAGUGCAUCUGUCUCCUCCUUUGUCCAGCCUCCCAACUGAUAUCCCUGCCUCCCAACCCUGCCCCCUCCUCCAGGCAGCCCCUUCUGCUUUCCCAGCCCGACUGAGCUUCACUGACUACCAUCUCAUAUCAGAUGGGCACGUCCCGGCUCACACACUCCUCUGCCCCCAUGGCCUGCACACUGGCGUCCAGACUCCAUGGGUCGGCCUCAGCCUGGGUUUUCAGCUUCUCCAUCACCCUCAUGGCUUCUCUUCUCAGACAGCUACUGCUGCAUCCCACACUGCAUCCCACCCCUGCUGAGACGGUCCUCCUCCCUGACUCCUCUCUGCCUGUCCACACUGCUCACAUCCUUCCUCCUGCUGAAACCCUCCCUGACCUCCCAGUGGCCUCGCCCUCUUCCCCAGUCCAAGAAAUUUCCACAGCGAUGGCAGAGUUUUCAUCUCGUUCAUCAGCCACAGUCAGCUGGUAGUGGCUGCCUGGAGCCCUGUGCUCUGAAGGAUUCUGAAGAAUGGAUACGUAGCUGGGAAGAGUGACCUAAUUGAUUGGUGAUGUCUGCCAUGGAUGCAGUAUAGGAAAGUGGUGACAUGAGUGCUACGAUUGAUUAGCAAUGCCUGGCCUGGAUGCAGGAAGAAGGUGCUCGCAGGCCUACAGUGUAUUUCUGGGCUACUGAGGAGCUCUCUGAGCUCAGCCAGUAGCAGGAGAGCAGGCACAGAUCAGCUAGCUUUGUCUGCCACAGACACAGAGGGAGUGGGGGCAUGCCUGCCAUGAAGUCCCUCUCAUUGGACACCUAAUUGGAUGCCUUCUCAUUGGAGGCCUCCUCUUCUCCACCCUGCCUGUUUCACUCAUUCUCCCAGUUUGCACAUCUUGAUGCCGUGCCUUGUUUGUAUUCCUGAGUUUUUACUGGGUUCCUGUCUUCUUUCCUGACCCACUGGAAUCCUCCGCCCAUGGCAUCCUCCAUCCACAGAGCCUAAAUGUGAGCCAGUGCCCCAACAACAGUGCUCAGCCUGUUUCUGGGCCUCCAGAACAAAUCCACCAGGUGCCUGCAGGUGGCACUCCUGACCUUCAGUCCAACAACAGGGUCCCUCUUAGUCAAGGCUGAGCACGGAAAACAGAAAGCACUCCAGGAAUCAUGAGCAGAAAGGGACUACAUCUAAAUCCCUAGAUGGGCUGGAGGAGCAGAAGGCAGGGGCCACCUCUGGACUGUUGGUUUCAAGAUUAGACCACCGUGGCUAACUCAGAGGACAGGAGCUGCUGCUGCUUCUGCCCACACCACUGCAGCCGCCCUCUCUGCCUCACACCCACAAAGCUGGGUCCAGACCCUCGAACGUGGCCUCCGGCAGCCACGAACAUCUCUCAGGACUUGCCAGCUGCCAGCGCUGCACAGAGAUGGCUUCUGCCUCCGUCCUUUAGCACAAUCUAAAGUGCAGCUGGGAUUCUGACUGCUGGGGAGUCUGAGAGGUGAAUGUUUCGUCUCCCACGCCGUGUAGCACAGGGAGAAAUGGAUGCCCGGUGCCUGGGGGGCAGCAUCCGGGACAGUGUCCCCAGCAGAUGCACCGUGAACGUCUGUUGGGUGGGUGAUGGAGUGGCCCAUCCCAGAGGAGUGGACCAGGGAACAGGGAAAGAGCCACUACUCAUCCCCUCUCUGUCCCCCAAGUGUCUUAGACAGUCUGACUCUCUGUGGACCACUGCUGGGCACUGCCUGUCAGGUGCUAUCUUAGUCCAUUCAGGCUGCUAUAACAAAGUACCACAGUUUGGGUGGCUUAUAAACCACAGAGAUGUAUUUCUCAGAGUUCUGGAGGCUGGAAGUCUGAGAUGAGGGUGCCAGCAUGGCCGGGUUCUGGUGAGGGCCCUCUUCUGAGGUGCAGACUUCUUGUUGUAUUCUCCAUGGGGGAAAGAGAAGUAGCCAGCCCUCUGGCCUCUUCUAUAAGGGCACUAAUCCCGUUCACGGGGGCUCCACACUCCUGACCUAAUCACCUCCCAAAGGCCCCUCCUCCUAACACCAUCACCUUGGGAUUAGGGUUUCAACAUGGGGGUUCGGGGGGACACAGACAUUCCUUGCAUUGCAGGGAUGCAGGACAGGGGACCGGGGAGGAGGAGCUUCCCCGUCGCCAUCAUCAUUCUUGGAGAGAGAGCGAUGGAGAGCUGUGCCUCUGCUUUAGUCCCCUGCCUUCUUCGGCUCAGCCCGCAGGGACUAGAGCGGGUGAGGCUGAGGCAGGGCCUCCCACUACCUGUGCCGUGUUGGUGCCUCCAUCUUGUGUUGUUCUUGCUGCUGAAUGGGUGUUAAUAAAGUCGUCUUGGACUCAC